GUUUUAUCUUAUUUCCCCGGAAAAUCUCUCCGUUUCCGAUUAAUGUUGCCGUUCUAGGGCUUUGAAUUCGUCGUUAAGAUUUGCAUUCAGAUCGUCGCUGAUGAAUUUAGGAUUUAUUUUGGAGAGUAAACAGGUGAUGAUGGCUGAGAGUAGAAGAUAUGCUGCCAAUCAACAACUAGACCUUCAACAGAUACAGGAUGAUGCAAAACAGCGUUGGCUCCGGCCUGUUGAAAUUUGUGAAAUACUUCAAAACUACCAGAAGCUUAACAUAGCAGAAGCACCACCCAAUCAGCCUAGAGGUUGUAAUUGGUUUCCUUUUCAAGUAUCAUUUUUGCAUUUAUUAUCAUUGUUUCUAAUGGUUAUCCUUGUUAGUUACGAGGAAAACAUCAGUGAUGUUGAAGAUUCGAGACUCCAAUAAUUCUAUUUAUUGCCAAUGAUGUGAUUUUUCUUGGAUACAAUGUAUCACUUCCUACACUAUUUGAGAGGAAACAAGUAAUUUUAAUUGCAAUGAUGCCUGGCAGUAGUUUUCCUUUAGUAGCUGAUGUGUCUCUUGCAAUUUUGGUUUAUCUGCCACUCUGUGUGAUAAGUGUGUGUGUGUGAGAGAGAGAUCAUGGUUAGCAAUGAUAUCUUGAAGGGUUAUAGAGCUCUGCUGCUAGAAACUUCAAGUAGAAGGUGAUAGUUUAGAUUGCCCAUUUAGAGCUUGAUUCACCAUAUACAAUAUAAACUUUAUAUUCACUGUUGCAAUUAAAGAAUUUUAUUUUCAAGGCCCAUUCUCCUUUUUGUGCAUCAAUGUUUGAUCUCUUUUAUAGUGGUAAUUAUGACUGGCAAUUAAAUGGAUUUUGCUAUUCAGGAGGUUCUUUAUUCCUGUUCAAUCGAAAAGCACUUCGGAACUUUCGUAAAGAUGGUCACUGCUGGAGAAAGAAAAAGGAUGGGAAAACUGUAAGAGAAGCUCACGAAAAGUUGAAGGUGUGCUGUUCAAUUUAUUAUUAGUAAGUUCACUUUUUUUAGGCUACCUAAUUCACAAUCCAAUCAUUUUAGUCAAAGUUUGACUAGGGCAUUCAUUCUCCUGAGUGGCCUAUCCAACCUAUCACUGUGACUGUCUACCUGUUUGGUCAUCUGUAUAUCAGUAAUUGUUCUUUCAUGGACACUGAAACAUUCUUGUAAAUGAUUUAUCACUCUGCAAGUGAUACCAUGUUGUGCAUGGACAUGCAGAGAGUAAGGCAACAGUUGUUGAGUUGCUGAGCAAUUACUUUUGUUU